GGAGUAAAUCUAAGUGAUAAUAAGAGCAGCCUGUGCUCCUCAAACGUAGACACAAAAACAGUGAUUUUUUAAAUCAUUCCAGGCUGUGGGACUGAAGGACUUACGCCUAUUCGGGGAAGUGUGAGGACUGGCUCUCCGCCUCUGCCAGGACCUAUUCCCUGGAGGGGGCGGGGCCAACAUGGCGCCGAGCGCCGGGUGAGCGGCGCCUUGGCGGCGGUGAGAGACUUUUCCUGCGCGGGGCUCUCGGCUGGCGGGGGUGGGUUUGAGUGAUAACCCAGACUGGACCCUCUGAAUGGCCCGUGGGGGACCAAGAAGAAGACGGGUCUCCAUCUCUCUAUCCUGGGGCAUCAUUCUUCAGGGGAAGGAAGGAGCUGCAGAAUGGCUGAGGAGAAGAAGUUGAAACUCAGUAAUACUGUGCUGCCCUCCGAGUCGAUGAAGGUGGUGGCUGAGUCAAUGGGCAUCGCCCAGAUUCAGGAAGACACCUGCCAGCUGCUGACAGAUGAGGUCAGCUACCGCAUCAAGGAGAUUGCACAGGAUGCCUUGAAGUUCAUGCACAUGGGGAAGCGGCAGAAGCUCACUACCAGUGACAUUGACUACGCGCUAAAGCUUAAGAAUGUUGAGCCGCUCUAUGGCUUCCACGCUCAGGAGUUCAUACCUUUCCGUUUCGCCUCUGGUGGGGGCCGGGAACUUUACUUCUACGAGGAGAAGGAGGUUGAUCUGAGCGACAUCAUCAAUACCCCUCUUCCCAGGGUGCCCCUGGACGUCUGCCUUAAAGCUCACUGGUUGAGCAUUGAAGGCUGCCAGCCAGCUAUACCCGAGAACCCACCCCCAGCUCCCAAAGAGCAGCAGAAAGCUGAAGCCACAGAGCCCCUGAAGUCAGCAAAGCCAGGCCAGGAAGAAGAUGGACCCUUGAAAGGCAAAGGUCAAGGGGCUGCUCCAGCUGAUGGCAAAGGGAAAGAGAAGAAGGCACCACCCCUCCUGGAGGGGGCCCCUUUGCGACUGAAGCCUCGAAGUAUCCAUGAAUUGUCAGUGGAGCAGCAGCUGUACUACAAGGAGAUCACUGAAGCCUGUGUUGGCUCUUGUGAAGCCAAGAGAGCGGAAGCCCUGCAGAGCAUUGCAACGGACCCUGGGCUCUAUCAGAUGCUGCCACGAUUCAGCACCUUCAUCUCUGAGGGGGUCCGUGUGAACGUGGUGCAAAAUAAUCUGGCCCUGCUUAUCUACCUGAUGCGCAUGGUGAAGGCACUGAUGGAUAAUCCUACGCUGUAUCUAGAAAAAUAUGUGCAUGAAUUGAUUCCAGCUGUUAUGACCUGCAUUGUGAGCAGACAGCUGUGCCUGCGGCCAGAUGUAGACAAUCACUGGGCACUCCGGGACUUUGCUGCCCGCUUGGUGGCCCAGAUCUGCAAGCAUUUUAGUACAACCACUAACAACAUCCAGUCCCGGAUCACCAAGACCUUCACCAAGAGCUGGGUGGAUGAAAAGACUCCAUGGACGACACGUUAUGGCUCCAUCGCAGGCCUGGCAGAGCUGGGACAUGACGUAAUUAAGACUCUGAUCCUACCACGGCUGCAGCAGGAGGGGGAGCGGAUCCGCAGUGUCCUGGACGGCCCAGUGCUGAGCAACAUUGACCGCAUAGGAGCUGACCACGUGCAGAGCCUCCUCCUGAAGCACUGUGCCCCCGUUUUAGCAAAGCUUCGCCCACCACCUGACAAUCAGGAUGCCUAUCGGGCAGAAUUUGGGUCUCUUGGGCCCCUCCUCUGCUCCCAUGUGGUCAAAGCCCGAGCCCAGGCUGCUCUGCAGGCUCAGCAAGUCAACAGGACCACACUGACCAUCACUCAGCCACGGCCCACACUGACCCUCUCGCAGGCCCCUCAGCCCGGCCCUCGGACCCCUGGCUUGUUGAAGGUCCCUGGCUCUAUCACACUGCCCGUCCAGACACUGGUGUCUACACGAGCUUCUGCCCCACCUCAGCCUUCCCCUCCUCCGACCAAGUUCAUUGUAAUGUCCUCCUCUAGUGCCUCGUCCACGCAGCAGGUCCUGUCCCUCAGCACCUCGGCCCCCGGUUCAGGCUCCACCACCACCUCCCCUGUCACCACCACAGUCCCUAGCGUGCAGCCCAUCGUCAAGCUGGUCUCCACCGCCACAACCGCACCCCCGAGCACUGCUCCCUCUGGCCCGGGUAGUGUCCAGAAGUACAUUGUGGUCUCUCUCCCCACCACUGGAGAGGGCAAAGGCGGCUCCACCUCCCAUCCUUCUCCAGCCCCUCCCCAGUCCUCAGCACCUUCCCCUCUUGGAGGCAGUACCCUUUGUGGGGGGAAACUAGACACUGGGGAUAGCUCGCCUCCAGCUCCAGGGACUCCGAAAGCAAAUGGUUCCCAGCCUCCUGGACCUGGCUCCCCUCAGCCUGCACCUUGAUGCUGUCACACAUGUCGAUUUUCUCUGCUAGUGUGUGUCUCUCAUACACACGUGUGCUGGAUGGAUGGAAGUAGUGAUCUGCUUCCCUCACGUCACUUUCUUUUUAGAUAUUGUACAGCAAGUUCUCAGAAUAAAAGUUUGAUUUGUAAAUUCU